AUGUCUGAGGACAAUGGUGACAUUGAAUACUUGAUUACUACACUUGGAGCUUUUUUACUGUUAGCAUUAGUUUGUUGCAUUUGUUGCUUCUGUAUGAAACUCAGUGAUAUGAAGCUGAGGAACUAUAUUUUGGAACUAGCAAAAAAGAGGAAUGUCAAUGUAGAUCUUGAAAAAUUAAAACCAAGCAACACAGCUUGCCAGUCUCCAUAUGCCAAUGAAAAUUGUACAAUUGUUGUACCCGAUGUUGCUAUUGUGCUAUAA